AUGCAUCGUAUUGAGUUUGAAGUAAACGGAGCAAAAUUUUCAGUCGGCGAGGAAGUGAGUUCUACCACAACCUUGCUGGACUACAUACGUACUACUCUCGAGCUCCGUGGAACCAAGUUUAUGUGCUUGGAGGGAGGAUGUGGAGCUUGUAUUGUUAGUGUCAUUACUCAUCCUGGAGAUGACCAAAUAGCUGUAACCUCUUGUAUGGUGUCCGUUACAUCAUGUCAUGGCUGGCAAAUUACAACUAUUGAAAAACUUGGGAAUCGCAAGAAUGGUUACCAUCCGCUUCAAAAAGCUCUCGCUACCCAUAAUGGUACUCAAUGUGGAUAUUGCAGUCCGGGAUUUGUUAUGUCAAUGUACAGUAAACUGAAAAGUAAAAAGAACUUAAAGAUGUUGGACAUUGAAAGGGACCUAUCAAGCAAUAUUUGUAGAUGUACAGGAUUCCGACCAAUUUUAGAAGCUUUCAAAAAAUUUGCUAGUGACGCUCCAGAGUCAAGAGAUUUAUUGGAUAUAGAGGAAUUAGAAAUAUGCCAAAAACCUAAUAGAUUUUGUUCUAGUUCCUAUAAUUAUAACGACUUUUACUUUGUAUCUAAAAAUGAAAUUUAUUAUGACAAUUGGCACAUUAACUUAAAAGAUGGUAAAACAUGGUAUAAAGCCUUCUCAGUCGAUGAUAUAAUCAAUAUUUUAACAUUAAACGGUCUGGACUCUUAUAUGUUGGUAGCUGGUAAUACUGGAAAAGGUGUUAUACCGAUUGAAGAGUAUUCUAGGAUUUUGAUAGAUAUAUCUGGAGUGAGAGAACUUAAAGGUUAUUUUAUGGAUCAGAACUUGGUUAUUGGUGCAGGGCUAGCUAUAACUAAUGUAAUUGAAAUAUUUCAAGAGAUAUCGGAUACUGAAAACUUUGAAUAUCUUAAAGUAGUUAAUGACCAUUUGCAAUAUGUUGGUAAUAUAGCUAUUAGAAAUAUCGGUACAGUUGCUGGAAAUUUAAUGAUAAAACAUAAGUAUCCUCAGUUUGCAUCUGACCUGUUUCUCCUAUUUCAAGUAAUAGGGGUUGAAUUGACGAUAAGAUCAUGUGAUUUUGUAAGGACAGUAACAAUGGAAAAUUUUAUGAAGGAAGAUAUGAGAGGAAAAAUAAUUAUCAAUGCGCUAUUCCCACCGCGCAACAAAAUGUACAAGUUAAUCACAUAUAAGGUUGCUGCAAAAUCACGUAAUGCAUCUGCAAUAGUUAACGCUGCAUUUAUUUAUAAGCUCAAUUUUGAAAAUAAAGUAUUAAAGUCUAGAAUUGCUUUUGGCGGUCUCUCUCCAGAUUUUAGUCGAGCAAACAACACGGAAAAGGCUUUAAUUAAUAAGCUAUUAUUUAGUAAUGACACUUUACAAGAGGCAUUACGAAUUUUAUCAACAGAAAUUAAAAUUGAAAAUAAUCCGUCACUAACUUCAGUUUUGUACAGAAAACAGCUUUCUCUUGGUCUCUUUUAUAAAAGUCUUCUAUCUAUAUGUCCUGAUAAUAUCUUAAACCCAAGAUAUAAAUCUGGAGCUCUGAAAUUACAUGACAUUCGUCCUGUGUCUAAGGCUUCUCAGUCUUAUGAUACCAAUUCGAAUGUUUGGCCUCUCACUCAGCCCAUUCCUAAAUUUGAAGCUUUGAUUCAAUGUUCCGGAGAAUCGGAGUAUGCUGAAGAUUUACCGAGGUUACCUACAGAAGUGUACGCCGCUUUUGUUCUCAGUACGGUUGCGAUUGGAACAAUAGAGAAAAUAGAUGCUAGCAAAGCACUGCAAGUAGAGGGGGUCAAAGCGUUUUAUACAGCUAGUGAUAUUCCCGGUCUGAAUUCUUUUACGCCAGUAGAUGGUUUUGACACACGGGCAAAUGAAGAAGUACUUUGCAUCAAACAGAUUAAGUAUUAUAAUCAACCCAUUGGAUUGGUUAUAGCCGAAGACAAGACUAUAGCUGAAAAAGCUGCACUCCUAGUGAAAGUUACAUAUAGUAAUGUACAAAAGCCAAAAAUUGAUAUUCGUAUCAAUAAAAAUGACUUAAGUAAAACUAAAUUAUAUUACUCUAUAAAAGCGACAACAAAGGGUACUGAUAUAAAGAAAGUGAUAGAAGGCAACAAUUCCACGAUCGGUCAAUAUCAUUUUUGCUUAGAAAACAUGGCUGCAAUAAGCUGGCCACUUGAAGAUUCUUUGAGAGUUCGCCCAACUUCACAUUUCAUGGACUCUGAUCAAGUGAUGAUAUCAAGAAACUUAAACAUAGAACAAUCCAGCAUCGAUAUUGCCGUUCGUAGAGUUGGUGGUAGCUUUGGAAUAAAGUUGUCUCGACAAACCAUAGUGUCAUGUUCGAGUUCUCUUGCUGCCUUUAAGAUGAACCGUCCUUGUAGGAUGGUACUUCCAAUGUCUGUACAAAUGAGAGCCAUUGCAACUGUUGAAUGCAUUGCAAGUGCUGAGUUUAUUAUGGAAAGAAUCUCCUAUGAAUUGGGAAUAGAUCCUCUUCAAGUUCGUCUCAACAAUUUGGACACUGAUCGUUACGGUGACUUAGUGGAAAUGAUAAAAAAUAUCCAAUUAAGCUCUAAUUUUGAGAAACGAAAGAAAAAUGUCAAAAAUUUUAAUACAGAAAAUAGAUGGAAGAAAAGAGGAAUCAGGUUAGUUCCUAUGAAAUGGAAUACAACAACACCAUUCGCGUUUAAUGUAACAGUAUCAGUAUACCAUGGUGAUGGAUCUGUAGCGAUAACUCACGGUGGAGUAGAAAUCGGGCAAGGUAUUCAUACGAAAGUAAUACAAGUGUGUGCCUACUUUCUUAAUAUACCUGUUGACAAAAUAAAAAUAAAGCGAACAAACACGAUAGAUAGCCCUAAUAGCUCUCACACAGCUGCAAGUAAAACGACUCAAAAUAUCCUUAUCGGAGUUAAACGGGCUUGCCAAAAGAUAUUGGAAAGACUUGAACCUAUAAAAUCGAAAAUAACUAACCCUACAUGGGAACGGCUCGUAUUUGAAGCCCAUCAAUUAGGUAUCAAUUUACAAGGGAACGGUUUUGUGGACUUCAAUGAUGAAACUGAGCAUAAUGUUUAUGGCGUAGCCGUUAGUGAGGUUGGAGUAGAUAUUAUAACUGGAGAGUGGGAAAUCAUUAGAGCUGAUAUACUGGAAGAUGUUGGCCAAAGUAUUAGUCUUUUACUCGAUAUUGGGCAAAUUGAGGGAGCAUUUAUUAUGAGUUUAGGAUUCUGGACAACGGAGGAGUUGAAAUAUAAUAACAACACCGGACAGAUACUUACAGAUCGAACUUGGAAUUAUUUUGUACCACAAGGUACAGAAAUCCCACAGGAUUUUAGAGUGAAUUUACUUAAAAAUUCUUACAACAAAAACACUAUGUUUGGGUCAAAAGCAUUGUCUGAACCGCCCAUGUGCUUGGGUGUAGUUGUACCUUUAGCAAUGAGAGAAGCUUUAGUAUCAGCUAGAACUGAAUGUGGAAUACCAAACACACAAUGGUUCAAUAUCGUUGGUAACGAGGUGGGUUCUUCUACAACCCUAUUGGACUACCUUCGUCACCACCUGGAGCUGCGCGGUACCAAGUACAUGUGUCUGGAGGGAGGAUGCGGCGCCUGUAUCGUGAAUGUCACCAAGAAUCCAGAGGGAAAAUCUGAAGGAAUCAACUCUUGUAUGGUACCAAUAACAUCAUGUGAAAAUUGGGAUGUAACUACAAUAGAGGGGAUUGGUGGUCGUUUAAAAGGUUACCAUCCACUGCAAGUAGCACUGGCGGAGAAUAAUGGGUCACAGUGUGGAUACUGCAGUCCAGGAUGGGUCAUGGCUAUGUACAGUAUUCUUAAACAUUCAAAGCCAACAAUGUUAGAGGUAGAACAAAGUUUUGGAAGCAAUAUCUGCAGAUGUACCGGAUACCGACCAAUCUUGGAGGCAUUCAAGAAAUUUGCUAAAGAUGCUCCUAGUUACAAAGAUGUUUUAGACAUCGAGGACUUAGAAAUAUGUAAAAAAUCAGGCCAACCUUGUUCAAAGAACAAAUGUGACGAAUCUGAAUGGUGCUUUGUAUCUAAAGAGGAUGUUAGUAACGAGAUGCUUCAUAUAGUGUUAAAUGAUGGUAGAGAUUGGUAUAAACCUACGUCUAUAUCUGAUAUAUUUGACAUAUUUAACAAAAAAGGAACACAGUCAUAUAUUUUAUUGAGUGGAAAUACUGGCAAAGGAGUUUACCCUAUACUAGAAUAUCCGAAAGUACUGAUAAAUAUCAGUGGUGUAGCGGGGUUGAAAGGGCACUAUAUCGAUCAAAACUUAGUGAUUGGAGGAGCAACAACACUCAACGAACUGAUGAAUAUAUUUGAUAACAUAGCCCGCACCGUUAACUUUGAGUAUUUGCUAAUUUUAAAUGAUCAUUUAAAAUUAGUUGCUCAUGUAACCAUUAGGAAUUCUGCAACAGUUGCUGGUAAUCUAAUGCUAAAAAAUCUUCAUCCUGAUUUUAAAUCCGACGUUUUUCUCCUUCUUGAAACUGUUGGAGCUCAGAUAAUGCCUCGAUCUCAAAAUGCCCACGCUUUUGUUCACGCUGGUUACUUAUUUAAAAUUGAUAGUUACGAAAGAGUCAAAGAAUGUAGGAUUGUUAUGGGUGGACUAUCACCAUCAUAUGUUAGAUCUUAUGAAACAGAGAGAUUUCUUAGUGGCAAAAAGUUAUUUACAAACGAAACUCUUCAAGGUGCACUAAACAUUUUGAAAGAAGAUAUCGUUGUCACAGAGAGUCUGCCAGAUCCACCGGUUGAAUACAGGAGACGAGUUGCGCUUGCCUUGCUUUAUAAGGGACUUCUCUCACUCUGUCCACGUGAUAAAUUAAGUUCACGAUAUAUUUCUGGUGCCACUAAAAUUCAUGAAACACGACCAGUAUCAAAGGGAAGUCAAAUAUUUGAUACCAAUUCCUCCGAAUGGCCUCUCAACAAACCGAUGCCGAAAAUUGAAGCUGUGAUACAAUGUGCUGGGGAAGCUAAAUAUUCGGAUGAUCUACCAACGCUACCGGGAGAAGUAUACGCAGCAUUUGUUUUGACCACUGUUGGAGUCGGCAACAUCAGUCACAUAGAUCCAAGUAAAGCCUUAGCUCUACCUGGGAUUAUUGCAUUCUACAAAGCAUCUGAUAUCCCAGGAAAGAAUAGUUUUAUACCUGCAGUGGAUUCUAUUAACAAGGCAGAUGAAGAAUUUUUAUGUGCUGGUGAAGUUAGAUAUUACAAUCAACCUCUUGGUAUUAUUGUGGCUGAAUGUCAAAGUAUUUUAGAGAAAGCUGUUUCUUUGGUUGAAGUUACGUACACCAAUGUAAAGCAACCAAUUUUUGAUAUAGCUGUAGCAAAAAACUUUCCAGAAAGAGUAAGUGUUUACAAUUCCAAAGAUUCUUCAACCAAGGGUCAUAAUAUAGUAAAGACAAUAAAAGGGGAGCAAACGUUUUAUACCCAAUACCCUUUUCCAAUAGAAACGUUGGUGGGUAUAACACAUCAAACAGAAGAAGGUUUACAGUUAUAUCCUACUGUACAAUGGGUAGACGCUGUUCAAAUAGCGACGUCCAGAGUUUUAUUAAUUGAUGAAAACAGAAUCGAUGUACAUGUUCGUCGGCUUGGGGGUGCUUACGGCUAUAAACUAUCUAGAUCCGUACCAGUGUCUUUAGCAAGUAGUUUAGUGACAUUAAAGAUGGGUCGGCCCUGUCGAUUCGUUCAAACUUUAACAGCCAAUAUGAGAUCUACUGGUAAAAGAGCACCGUCCUCUACUAAUUAUACGAUCUCUGUCUCAGAAAACGGCGUUAUUCAAUCUCUAGAUUAUGGUUUAUACAGUGAUAACGGCUGUAUUGUUAACGAAAUUAUCCUUUUGGCUGGUGUCGCCAUUUACAAUAAUGUUUACAAAAAUGGACCAUGGAAAUAUACAUCUUACAGCGUAAUAACCGACACGCCUUCUAACACUUUUGUUCGAGGUCCAGGUAGUGUGGAACAUAUUGCAGUCAUUGAAACUAUGAUUGAAAGAAUUGCAUAUGAAAUGAAUUUAGAUUCGUUGAAUGUACGUUUGUCGAAUUUAGAUACAGAGAAAUAUGGUGAAAUAGUUGGUAUGAUAGAAAGGAUUAAAACAGACUCGAAUUAUGAAGAUCGAGUGGCCCUUGUAAAUAAAUUUAAUAAUGAAAACCGUUGGAAAAAACGAGGCUUAAAGGUUUCUUUCCUUAGAUUUGAGGCAGCUGCUCCAAAGUAUUUCCAUAUAAACAUGAAUGUUUAUAAAGAUGAUGGAACCGUUGCCAUAACGCAUGGGGGAAUUGAAAUGGGUCAGGGUGUUAAUACCAUUGCCGCACAAAUUUGUGCUUAUCUUCUAAAUAUUCCAGUGGAAAAAGUUCAAAUAAAGCCCACUAAUACGAUAUCAACAGCUAAUAAUCUAGGUUCAGAUUCAAGUGUGACAACUCAAAAUGUCGCAAUCGGUGUUCGAAGGUGUUGUGAAGAACUACUGAUUAGAUUAGAACCAGCAAGAAAUCAAUUAAAUAACCCUUCCUGGGUAGAACUUAUCCAAAAAGCGUUUUCUAUGAAUAUAGAUUUACAAGUACAUGGCUUCGUUAGUCCAGCAGAUUCAUUAACGUAUGACAUUUUUGGAGUCGCGGUAGCUGAAGUUGAAAUAGACGUGCUAACAGGAGAAUGGGAAAUAUUAAGAGUUGACUUAAUUGAGGAUGUUGGUAAAAGUAUAAAUCCAUAUAUUGAUAUUGGUCAAGUGGAAGGUGCAUUCAUAAUGGGUUUAGGCUUAUGGACUACAGAAAACAUAGUGUAUUCUCCUGACGGCGAGAUUCAGACAAAUCGCACUUGGAAUUACUGGGUUCCUGGGGCUACAGAGAUCCCGCAGGAUUUUAGGGUUUAUUUCAGAAAAAGAUCAUUUGGCAAAGAUGCUAACUUUGGAGCUAAAACUACAGGAGAACCAGCAACAUGUUUAGCUAUAGUUAUACCUAUUGCUAUGAGAGCAGCUAUAUCAGCUGCACGUCUAGAAUCAGGAAUCCCUUCAACAGAGUGGUUUCAAAUGGUUGGUAACGAGGUGAGUUCCUCUACAACACUGCUGGAGUAUCUCCGGAGACACCUGGAGCUGCGCGGUACCAAGUACAUGUGUCUGGAGGGAGGAUGUGGAGCCUGUAUCGUAAACGUCACCAAAAGUCCUGGAGGAGAAUCACAAGGAGUCAACUCUUGUAUGGUACCUAUAACAUCGUGCAACGAGUGGGAUAUUACAACGAUAGAGGGCAUCGGGAACCGUCUGCAAGGAUACCAUCCAAUUCAAGUGACACUGGCUGAGAACAACGGUACACAGUGUGGCUACUGCAGUCCAGGAUGGGUCAUGGCUAUGUACAGUAUUCUAAAAAAUAAAAAACCGACAAUGUUGGAAGUAGAACAGUCAUUUGGAAGCAACGUCUGCCGGUGUACUGGAUACAGGCCCAUCUUAGACGCGUUCAAGAAAUUUGCUUCAGAUGCUCGCGAUAUAUUAGAUAUUGAGGAUCUAGAAAUAUGUAAAAAGUCUGGUCGACCGUGUGCGAAGACUAGUUGUGAUGAAUCUGAUUGGUGUUUUGUAACCGAGAAUGAAAUUAAUGAAAAAAUGUUACACAUUGUAUUAAACGAUAAUAGGGAUUGGUUUAAGGCAACAUGUGUAGCUGAUAUAUUUGAUGUUUUCCAAGCAAAGGGUACACAAUCUUAUAUGUUGUUGGCUGGUAAUACAGGAAAAGGUGUGUAUCCAAUAUUGGAGUAUCCAAGAGUAUUGAUAAAUGUAAAUGAUGUCAGGGAGCUAAGACAGCACUAUAUUGACCAAAACUUGGUGAUUGGAGGAGGAACGACCCUUACAGAACUGAUGGACAUAUUCGAUACAGUAGGCCGAGUUAAUUUCUUUGGAUAUCUGAACAUAUUAAACGAUCACUUACAAGAGGUUGCCCAUAUUCCUAUUAGAAAUAAUGCAACCAUCGCUGGAAAUCUUAUGUUAAAAAAUUUACAUCCUGAUUUCAAAUCCGAUAUUUUCAUACUUUUGGAAACUGUUGGAGCUCAAUUAACUAUACUGACUGGUCGCAACCAACGAAAGAUCAUCACAAUGCAAUCGUUUCUUAGAGAAAAUAUGAAUGGAAAAAUAUUAUUAAAUGUGUUGCUUCCACCGCUGAGUACUGAAAAUAAGAUAGUAACUUUCAAAAUAACGCCACGCUCUCAAAGCGCCCAUGCUCUUGUCCACGCUGGAUUUCUCUAUAAAGUGGAUCAUAAUGAAAGAGUUGUAGAAAGUAGAAUAGUAUAUGGAGGAUUGUCGCCAUCAUAUACCAGAUCAUGGAAAACAGAAAGAUAUUUGGUCGGUAAACAACUUUUAAGGAAUGAGACGUUGCAGGGAGCUUUAAACGUUCUUAACACAGAACUGAUAGUUACGGAAAGUCUUCCAGAUCCCUCCGUACAGUACAGGCGACAAGUGGCUUUAGCACUUUUCUAUAAGGGUCUCCUUUCUCUAUGCCCAGAAAACCGAUUAAAUCCUCGUUAUGUAUCUGGGUCCAGCAAAAUUCAUAAAACAAGACCAGUGUCUGAAGGAACUCAGAUAUUUGAUACGAAUCCAACUUUGUGGCCUCUCAACAAACCAAUACCCAAACUGGAUGGUCUGAUUCAGUGUGCCGGUGAAGCAAAAUAUUCUGAAGACGUUCCAAGACUUCCGGGAGAAGUGUUUGCUGCAUUUGUUUUAACAACUGUAGCACUGGGAAAAAUAACACAUAUUGACGCUAGUCGAGCAUUGGAGGAACCAGGAGUAAUAGCAUUUUAUACAGCAGCAGAUAUCCCUGGCAGAAAUAGUUUUAUACCUGCAGUUAAUAUUUUUAACGCAGCUGAUGAAGAGUUUUUGUGCAAUGGAGAAGUUAAAUACUUUAAUCAGCCCCUUGGAAUUAUUGUUGCCGAAUGUCAAAGCAUUGCAGACAAAGCCGUGCAUCUAGUAAAAGUUACUUAUACCGAUAUUAAGAAACCAGUUCUUGACAUCAAGGUUGCUAAAAAUGAUCCCUCAAAACUGAAAUUAUUUCAAGCAAUACCCGCAACUUCUGCUGGUACAGAUAUAACUAAAGUAAUAAAAGGUGAACAUAAUAUCUAUACGCAAUAUCACUUUACUAUGGAAACCUUGGUUAGUGUGACACAUCCUACAGAAGAAGGUUUAAGAAUAUAUGCAGCAACACAAUGGAUGGAUUCAGUUCACGUAGUGAUUUCAAGAGCUCUCCUAUUAGAUCAAAACAGAAUAGAUAUUCAUGUCCGUCGUUUGGGUGGUGGGUAUGGCUACAAGUUAUCAAGAGUUACACAAGUGUCUCUAGGAAGUGCUUUGGUUGCAUACAAACUCAAUCGACCUUGUCGGUUCAUACAAAGUCUUAGUACUAAUAUGAGAGCUACCGGGAAACGAUUGCCAUGUUCUACAAAUUUUGAGAUUUCAGUUAAUAAGACGGGAGUAAUACAAAAAAUAAACUAUGAUCUCUAUAGUGACAAUGGCUAUAUAAUAAAUGAAACUCUCAUACUUCUGGGGGUUGGUUUGUAUAACAACGUUUACAAGAGUGACACAUGGAACUAUAACGCGUAUGAUGUCAUCACAGACACUCCCUCGAACACUUGGUGUAGAUCUCCAGGUACUUUGGAAAAUAUAGCAAUGUCUGAAUUAUUAAUGGAAAGAAUCGCUUACGAGAUGAAUUUAGAUCCGCUUGAUGUUCGUCUAGCAAACUUGGAUACAACAAAAUAUAACGAUAUACUUGAAAUGCUUGAAACAUUGAAAUCUAAUUCACAAUAUGAGGAACGUAAAAUAAUAGUGGACCAAUUUAAUAAUGAAAAUAGAUGGAAGAAACGUGGUUUGAGAUUUUCGUUUUUGAGAUGGGAUCCCAUUGGAACUCAAUACUUAGAGGUGAAUAUGUGUGUUUAUUACGAUGAUGGAACUGUUGCUAUUACUCAUGCAGGCAUCGAAAUGGGACAGGGAAUUAAUACUAAGGCUAUUCAAAUAGCGGCUUAUUUCCUCAAAAUUCCCAUAGAGAAAAUUCAAGUCAAAGCCAAUGAUACCAUUAUUGCACCUAAUUGUUUUGGAUCUGGGGGAAGUAUAACGUCUCAAAAUAUAGGAAUAGGUGUACAAAGAUGUUGUGAAGAAUUACUAAGAAGACUUGAACCAGUUAAAAACACGUUAAAUAACCCAACUUGGGAGGAAUUGGUCAAAAAAGCUUAUGAAAUGAAUGUAGAUUUACAAAUACAUGAUUUGGUGAGUGCUAAAGAUGAACAGAAAUAUAAUAUCUACGGUGUAACCCUAUCCGAAGUUGAAAUAGAUGUUCUGACUGGUGAAUGGGAAAUAAUAAGGGUUGAUCUAAUUGAAGAUGUUGGUAGAAGUGUCAAUCCUGAAUUGGAUCUCGGCCAAAUUGAAGGUGCUUUUAUAAUGGGUGUCGGUUAUUGGACCACUGAAAAUAUCGUGUAUGGUCCUGAAAAUGGUGAAAUCCUCACGGACCGCACAUGGGAGUACUGGGUACCUGGUCCUAAGGACAUUCCUCAGGACUUUCGGGUCUAUUUCAGAAAAAGAUCUUUUAGUACGGAGAAAAUUUUAGGAGCUAAAGCAUCUGGGGAACCUGCAACAUGUAUGGGAAUAUCAGUGCCAUUUGCUAUGAGAGCAGCUAUAGCUUCAACAAGGAAGGAGUCUGGAAUGCCUGAAUGGUUUCAAUUAGUGGGCAGUGAGGUGGGCUCUUCUACGACCUUGUUGGACUACCUUCGUCACCACCUGGAGCUCCGCGGUACCAAGUACAUGUGUCUGGAGGGAGGAUGUGGCGCCUGUAUCGUGAAUGUAGUCAAACAGCCUGGAGGAGAAUCACAAGGAGUCAACUCUUGUAUGGUACCAAUAACAUCAUGUGACAAUUGGGAUGUAACUACAAUAGAGGGGAUUGGUGGUCGUUUGAAAGGUUACCAUCCACUGCAAGUAGCACUGGCGGAGAAUAAUGGUUCACAAUGUGGAUACUGCAGUCCAGGAUGGGUCAUGGCUAUGUACAGUAUUCUAAAGAAUAAAAAACCAACAAUGCUGGAAGUAGAACAGUCAUUUGGAAGCAACAUCUGCCGAUGUACUGGAUACAGGCCCAUCUUAGACGCGUUCAAGAAAUUCGCUUCAGAUGCUGACAAUAUUUCAGAUAUCGAGGAUCUAGAAAUAUGUAGAAAGUCAGGUCGACCUUGUUCAAAGAACAGUUGUGACGAAUCUGAAUGGUGCUUUGUAUCUAAAGAGGAAGUUAGUAACGAGAUGCUUCAUAUAGUGUUAAAUGAUGGUAGAGAUUGGUAUAAACCUACGUCUAUAUCCGACAUAUUUGAAGUAUUUGAUAAAAAAGGAACAAAAUCUUAUAUGUUUUUGGCUGGUAAUACAGGAAAAGGAGUUUAUCCUAUAUUGGAAUAUCCAAGAGUAUUAAUCAAUAUAAAUGAAGUUAAAGAGCUGAGACAACACUAUAUCGACCAGAACUUAGUAAUCGGUGGAGCCACAACCCUUACUGAAAUGUCUACAUUAUUUGAAAAUUUAUCCCCCAUACAAAACUUCUCGUAUCUUAGAAUAUUGAAUGAACAUAUUAAACAAGUCGCACAUAUUGCUAUAAAAAAUUCUGCUACAGUCGCUGGUAAUCUUAUGCUAAAAAAUCUUCAUCCUGAUUUUAAAUCGGAUAUUUUCCUCCUUUUCGAAACUGUCGGAGCCCAGUUAACGUUACAGACAAGUAAAAAUAGAAGAAAAAUUAUUACUAUGCAGGCGUUCCUUAAAGAAAAUAUGACCGGUAAAAUAAUAUUGAACAUUUUGUUACCACCACUGAAUGAAGAAAAUAAAAUCGAAUCGUUCAAAAUAAUGCCACGAUCCCAAAACGCCCAUGCUUUUGUUCACGCUGGUUUUCUUUACAAAAUUGAUCACAAUUUGAGAGUCAAAGAGUGUAGAAUAGUGUACGGAGGACUCUCACCGUUCUAUACUAGAUCUUGGAACACUGAAAGAUAUCUGAUUGGAAAAUUAUUAUUCAAGAACGAAACUCUGCAAAGCGCCUUAAAAAUAUUGAAUGCAGAAAUGAUAGUAACAGAGAGUUUACCAGAUCCACCAGCGUCUUAUAGACGACAAGUAGCUCUGGCUUUGUUUUAUAAGAUUCAGUGUGCGGGUGAAACUAAAUAUACAGAGGAUUUACAAAUGCUUCCAGGAGAAGUGUAUGCAGCAUUUGUAUUAACAACAGUUGCAGUAGGUACCAUCACUCAUAUCGAUGCCAGUAAAGCUUUAGCUGAACCUGAUGUGAUUGCAUUCUAUACAGCAGCUGAUAUUCCAGGGAGGAACAGUUUUGUACCAGCUGUAGAUGAAAUUAAUAGGUCAGAUGAGGAAUUUUUAUGUGACGGAAAAGUAAAAUAUUUUAACCAACCUCUUGGUAUUAUUGUUGCCAAAAAUCAAAACAUCCUGAACAAAGCUGUUUCUUUAGUUAGGGUUACGUAUGCUAAUUUAAAAAAACCAAUAACAGAUGUCGCUGUGGCUAAACGUAUAUACAAUAGAAUAAAUAUUUAUAGUUCAAAAGAUCCCACUUCUAGGGGAAAUAAUAUAGCUAAGGUGAUAGAAGGAGAACAAACAAUUUAUACUCAAUACCCAUUUACGAUUGAGACAUUAGUCGGAAUCACACAUAAGACGGAAGAAGGUUUACAAAUAUACACUACAACGCAAUGGAUGGAUGCCGUUCAAGUAGUGACGUCUAGAGCGUUAUUAAUCGAUGAAAAUAGAAUCGAUGUACAAGUUCGUCGUCUGGGAGGUGCUUAUGGUUACAAAUUAUCUAGAUCUACACAAGUGUCACUGGCUAGUAGUCUAGUGUCCCUCAAACUAAAUCGACCCUGUCGUUUUGUACAAUCUUUACAAAAUAACAUGAGGUCCACUGGUAAAAGAGCACCAUGCUCUUGUAAUUAUUCGAUUGGUGUAUCCAACGUAGGCGUUAUACAAUUUCUUGAUUACGAUUUAUAUAGUGAUAAUGGAUGUAUUGCCAACGAAAGACUUUUAUUGGCAGGUCUUAACCUCUAUAACAAUACUUAUAGAAGUGAACCGUGGAAGUAUACUUCAUUCGACGUUAUCACAGAUACAACAUCCCAUAGUUGGGUACGAGCUCCAGGUAGUUUAGAACACGUGGCAAUGGCUGAAAUUAUUAUGGAAAGAAUCGCCUAUGAAAUGGAAUUAGAUUCAUUUGAUGUCCGUCUUUCAAAUUUAGAUACAGAAAAAUAUAGUGAAAUGUUAGAGAUGAUCGAAAAAAUUAAAUUAAAUUCCAAUUAUUACGGAAGAAAAAUACAAGUAAGCAAAUUUAAUUCUGAAAAUCGUUGGAAAAAACGAGGCCUUAAAGUUUCGUUUCUUAGAUUUGAAGCAUCUGCCCCGAAGUAUUUUCAUGUUUACAUGAGCGUUUACUCAGAUGAUGGAACUGUUUCUAUAACACACGGUGGAAUUGAGAUGGGUCAAGGCAUUAAUACGAUUGCCACUCAAAUAUGUGCUUUCUUUCUUAACAUACCCAUAGAAAAAAUACAAAUAAAACCUAGCACAACUAUAUCAACACCUAAUAAUAAAGGAUCAGAUUCAAGUGUAACUACUCAAAACGUUGGAAUAGGUGUGCGAAAGUGUUGUGAAGAACUAUUAAGACGAUUAGAACCAGCAAGAAGACAAUUAAAUAAUCCCUCCUGGGUAGAACUUAUCCAAAAAGCAUUUUCUAUGAAUGUAGACUUACAAGUGCAUAGUUUUGUCAGUCCAGAAGAUUCAAUAACAUAUGAUAUUUAUGGCAUCACAGUGGCUGAAGUUGAGAUAGACGUGCUAACAGGAGAAUGGGAAAUUUUAAGAGUCGAUUUAAUUGAAGAUGCUGGAAGAAGUAUUAAUCCAAAUAUUGAUAUUGGUCAGGUGGAGGGUGCAUUCACAAUGGGCCUCGGUUACUGGACUAUGGAAAAUAUUGUGUACUCGGACCGAGGCGAAGUUCUGACAAAUCGUACUUGGAAUUAUUGGGUACCCGGAGCAAGAGAUAUACCGCAAGAUUUCAGGAUAUACUUCAGAAAAAGAUCGUUUAGCGAUAAGGCUAUCUUGGGAGCCAAAGCCACUGGAGAACCAGCAACGUGUAUGGCAAUAGUUAUACCAUUUGCUUUGAGAGCAGCCAUAGCGUCUGCGCGACUAGAGGCUGGAAUACCUACAACUGAAUGGUUCCAAAUGGUUGGUAAUGAGGUGGGUUCUUCUACGACCUUGUUAGACUACCUUCGUCACCACCUGGAGCUGCGCGGUACCAAGUACAUGUGUCUGGAGGGAGGAUGUGGCGCUUGUAUCGUCACCGUCACCAAACAGCCUGGAGGAGAAUCACAAGGAGUCAACUCUUGUAUGGUACCUAUUACAUCGUGCAACGAGUGGGAUAUAACAACGAUAGAAGGCAUCGGGAACCGUCUGCAAGGCUACCAUCCAAUUCAAGUGACACUGGCUGAGAACAAUGGUACACAGUGUGGCUACUGCAGUCCAGGAUGGGUCAUGGCUAUGUACAGUAUUGUAAAAAAUAAAAAACCGACCAUGUUGGAAGUAGAACAGUCAUUUGGAAGCAACGUCUGCCGGUGUACUGGAUACAGACCCAUUUUAGACGCGUUCAAGAAAUUCGCUUCAGAUGCUGACAAUAUUUUAGAUAUCGAGGAUCUAGAAAUAUGUAAAAAGUCUUGUCGACCUUGUGUUAAGAAGGACUGUGAUGAAUCUGGUUGGUGUUUACUAUCUAAAAACGAACUUAAUGAAAAACUACUGCACAUUGUUUUAAAUGAUGGCAGGGACUGGUUCAAAGCUACCUGUAUAUCUGACAUAUUUGAAAUUUUCCAUAAAUGGGGAACUGAGUCUUAUAUGCUGGUGGCUGGAAAUACAGGGAAAGGCGUUUUUCCAAUAUUGGAGUAUCCAAGAAUAUUGAUAAAUGUAAAUGAUGUCAACGAAUUAAGGCAACAAUAUAUUGACCAAAACUUAGUGAUUGGAGGAGCGACGACCCUUACAGAACUGAUAAAUAUAUUCGAUACAAUAGGUCACACUGAAUACUUUGAAUAUCUGCUGGUGUUGAAAGAGCACUUAGAGGAAGUGGCUCACAUUACUAUAAGAAAUAAUGCAACAGUUGCUGGUAAUCUUAUGCUGAAGAAUUUUCACCUCGACUUUAAAUCCGACAUUUUCAUACUUUUCGAGACUGUUGGUGCACAGCUUACUAUAUUGACUGGUCCUGUUGAAAAAAAAAUCAUCACAAUGCAAUCGUUUCUUAAAGAAAAUAUGAAUGGAAAAAUAAUACUGAAUGUUUUACUUCCACCGUUGAGUACUGAAAACAAGAUAGUAACUUUUAAAAUAACGCCACGUUCGCAAAACGCUCAUGCUCUCGUCCAUGCGGGAUUUCUUUACAAAGUGGAUCAGGAUGGAAGAGUCCUAGAUAGUAGAAUUGUUUACGGAGGACUUUCACCAACGUAUACCAGAUCUUGGAAAACUGAAAAGUAUCUUAUUGGCAGAUCGCUAUUUCAGAAUGAAACGUUGCAAGGAGCUUUGAAGGUUUUGGACUCCGAGCUGUUGAUCGUUGACUGCUUACCAGAUCCACCAGUACAGUACAAGCGUCAAGUGGCACUGGCGCUAUUCUAUAAGGGUUUAUUGUCGUUAUGUUCACCACACAAGUUAAAUCCUCGUUAUUUAUCUGGGGCUGGCAAAAUUCAUAAGACGAGACCAGUGUCAGAAGGAACUCAGAUAUUCGAUGUAAAUCCCACUUUGUGGCCUUUAAACCAACCAAUCCCAAAACUUGAAGGUUUGAUCCAAUGUGCCGGGGAAGCAAAAUACUCUGAAGACAUUCCAAAAUGUCCAGGAGAAGUAUUUGCAGCAUUUGUUUUGACAACAGUGGCUCUAGGAAAAAUUACACAUAUAGAUCCCAGUCUCGCUUUGGAAGAACCGGGAGUAAUAGCAUUUUACACAGCAGCAGAUAUCCCUGGCAGAAAUAGUUUUAUACCUGCUUCUAUUGCAUAUAUCCCAGUUGAUGAAGAAUUUUUGUGCAACGGAGAAGUAAAAUAUUUUAAUCAGCCCCUUGGAAUUAUUGUUGCCGAAUGUCAAAGCAUUGCAGACAAAGCUGUCCAUCUUGUAAAUGUUACUUAUACUGAUAUUAAGAGACCAGUUCUUGACAUCAAGGUUGCGAAGCAUGAUCCCACUAAAGUAACUCUGCUAGAAACAGUGAACGCAACUUCUACUGGAAGAGAUGUUUUUAAAGUAAUAAAAGGUGAACAUACUAUCUAUACACAAUAUCCCUUCACUAUGGAAACCUUGGUUACUGUGACACAUCCUACAGAAGAAGGUUUACGAAUAUAUGCAGCAACACAAUGGGUUAAUGCAGUUCAUAUUGUGACUUCAAGAGCUCUUCUAAUAGAUCAAAACAGAAUAGAUAUUCAUGUCCGUCGUUUGGGUGGUGGGUAUGGUUACAAGAUAUCAAGAAUUACACAAGUGUCACUAGGAAGUGCUUUGGUUGCAUACAAACUCAAUCGACCUUGUCGGUUUAUACAAAGUCUUAGUACUAAUAUGAGAGCUACCGGGAAGCGAUUGCCCUGUUCUACAAGUUUUGAGAUAUCCGUAAACAAAGCUGGACUAAUACAAUCAUUGAAUUAUGAGCUUUUUAGUGAUAAUGGUUACAUAGUAAAUGAAUCUUUACUAAGUUUGGGUGUCAGCUUGUUUAACAACGUUUACAAAAAUGAAACUUGGACCUAUAAAGCUUAUAACGCCAUAACGGAUACACCCUCAAAUUCAUGGUGUAGAUCGCCAGGUACUUUGGAAAAUGUUGCAAUGUCUGAAUUAUUAAUGGAAAGAAUCGCUUACGAGAUGAAUUUAGAUCCGCUUGAUGUUCGUCUAACAAAUUUGGAUAGAAAAAAAAAUAACGAUAUACUUGAAAUGCUUGAAACACUGAAAUCUAAUUCACACUAUGAGGAACGUAAAAUAAUAGUAGACCAAUUUAAUAAUGAAAAUAGAUGGAAGAAACGUGGUUUGAGAUUUUCGUUUUUAAGAUGGGAUCCCGUCGGUUCAUUGUAUUUAGAGGUAAACAUGUGUGUUUAUCACGAUGAUGGCACCGUGGCUAUCACUCAUAGUGGCAUAGAAAUGGGACAAGGAAUUAACACCAGGUCAAUUCAAAUAGCAGCUUAUUUUCUCAAUAUCCCCAUAGAGAAGAUUCAAGUGAAGCCCAAUGAUACUGUAACUGCACCUAAUGCAGGCCCAACUGGUUUGAGUAUAACUUCUCAAAAUGUAGGAAUAGGUAUUCAAAGAUGUUGCGAAGAAUUGCUUAGAAGACUUGAACCUGUUAAAAAUCAGUUAAAUAACCCAACUUGGGAGGAAUUGGUUAAAAAAGCUUAUGAAAUGAAUGUAGAUUUACAAGUACAUGAUUUAGUGAAUGAUAAGGAUGAAGAGAAGUAUAGUAUCUAUGGUAUAACACUAGCAGAAGUUGAAAUAGAUGUUCUGACUGGUGAAUGGGAAAUAAUAAGGGUUGAUCUAAUUGAAGAUGUGGGUAGAAGUGUUAACCCUGAAUUGGAUGUCGGUCAAAUAGAAGGUGCUUUUAUAAUGGGUGUCGGUUACUGGACCAGUGAGAAUAUCAUUUACGAUCCAGAAAGUGGAGAAAUUCUCACGGACCGUACAUGGGAGUACUGGGUACCUGGUGCAAGAGACAUUCCUCAGGACUUCAGAAUCUAUUUUAGAAAAAAAUCUUUUAGUACAGCCAAACUUCUGGGAGCUAAAGUAACUGGGGAACCUGCGACUUGUAUGGGAAUCUCCGUAGCAUUAGCUAUGAGAGCAGCUAUAGCUUCAGCACGUAAAGAAUCUGGAAUGCCUGAAUGGAUUCAAAUUGAUGGUUCUUUCACUGUUUAUAAAAUUGCAACGGCGUGUGCUACACACUUUGAAGAUUUUCGAUUUUACUAA